AAACACGUUUGAAGGAAUGCAGAAUUUGCAGGACGAAGAGUGUUUGACCGUAUAAUACUUUACUGGACCGUUAACUUCUGCAAAAAUGGUUGAUGCUUUUUGUGCUACAUGGAAACUGGUCGACAGCCAGAACUUUGAUGAAUAUAUGAAGGCACUCGGCGUUGGAUUUGCAACAAGACAAGUGGGUAAUGUAACAAAGCCAACAAUAGUGAUCAGCCAAGAUGGAGACAAAGUGGUGGUGAAAACCCUGAGCACCUUCAGGAACACUGAGCUCUCCUCCAAACUGGGAGAGGAGUUUGAUGAAACCACACCCGAUGACCGAAAGGUCAAAUCCACCUUCACCAUGGAGGGAGACAAGUUUGUGCAUGUGCAGAAGUGGGAUGGCAAAGAGACUAAAUUUGUAAGAGAGCUCAAGGACGGAAAGAUGGUGAUGACGUUAACCUUUGAGGGAGUCACAGCGGUCCGCACAUACGAGAAAGCCUAAACUCUACCAUUCACCUGGACUGUGAAUGAUCAGCAAGGUGUUCCAUUUUUUAAUAAAAUCAAAUGUAAUUGUUUAUGCAGUGGUUUAAACUUGAAUUCUUCUAAAUUGACAUUUUUUUGUAUGAUCUUUUGUGAGAAACUCACGAUGAAGGGCCUCAACUUUUCAUUAAAUAUGAAAAAGAAAAUCAAUUGCUAAAAUAAACAUUUUUUUUAAAUGA